CUCCGUAACGAAGGUCCCCCCAAGAGUAGUGUUCGGCAAGAUGAAACUAAUAGUUCUUUGCAUGUUGAUCGCCUUUGCCGUUGCUCAGGAGGAAACCGGUACGUACACAAACAAAUACGACAACAUCGAUAUCGAGGAAGUGUUGAAGUCCGAUCGGCUGUUUCGAGGCUACCAUAACUGCCUACUGGAUAUGGGACCAUGUACACCGGAUGGAGCCGAAUUGAAGAAAUACCUGCCCGAAGCACUGGAGAACGCUUGUGUCAAAUGUACGGAGAAGCAGCGUGAGAUCGGAAUUAAGGUCAUUAACUACCUGAUCGAGAAUCGACCAGAAGAAUGGGCUACUCUAAGGGCAAGAUUUGACCCAGAGAGCAAACUCAUCGAGAAGUACCGCGCAGAUGCCAUCAAAUCGGGUAUCAAUCUAAACUGAAAAGGAUUACUGCAAACUAACGGCAACUUAAAUACUCAACGUUGAAUAGUACAAUUUAUUUAUGUUUUUCCUGUCGAUCAAAUACAAAU